GCUGCUUUCUUUUCCCAACGCUGAUGUGUACCUAACGUCAACUUUACAGCUUGUAAAAAUGUUCAACUUCGUGUCCAAAUUAAUGCUGCUUUUUCUGCUGGCCUUCCCCUGCGGACUAAUAUCAGUCGCCCACGUCCGUGCUGAUUCUGUGGAGGACUCCGUCGAGGACACAGAUGCUGCGGUCGAUGAGGAGAACGAGGAUGAGGACGAGAUGCUCGUGGAAGAAGAUCAAGUACAACACUCGGAAGGAGAUGAAGCUGACGCAGACGAAGCUGCCGAUAAACUUGUAACGUCUCACCCCGACGCUGACACCACCAUCAUUUUCACAACAGGCGAAGAGUUUCCUGCCAAUGAAAUCGUGAAGUUUCUUGUGGGUUUCACCAACAAGGGUAGCCAGGAUUUUACUGUUCAGUCACUGGAGGCCUCCUUCCGUUACCCUCAAGAUUUCCAGUUCUUCAUCCAGAAUUUCACAGCGUUGCCCCUGAACAUGGUGGUCCAGCCCCAGGCUCAGGCCUCCUUCGAGUACUCCUUCAUCCCAGCUCAACCCAUGGCUGGACGUCCCUUCGGCCUCGUCAUCCUCCUCAGUUACCUGGACACGGAGGGCAACACGUUCCAAACUGCUGUUUACAAYGAGACUGUCACCAUCAUCGAACGAGAGGAGGGACUGGAUGGAGAAACGAUGUUCAUGUACGUGUUUCUGGCUGGACUGGUGGCACUGGCGCUGUUUGGGUUGUACCAGGUUCUGGAGUCAAGAACGAGAAAGAGGAUUUCUGUGAAAAUAGAGAAAGGCACAGUUGGAAUAAAUGAUGUGGACAUGAGCUGGAUUCCUCAGGAGACUCUGAAUACCAUGAACAAGGCCUCACCUAAAACAUCCCCGAGGAAACGAACCAAAAGGGCGGCUGGCACAGACCAGUAAGCUUCAAACCUUCAUCAUACAGACGAUCAAAUCUUCGUGAUGCGGCGUCCCAGUUCCAUUUCACGAGGGAACGCUAGUUUUGGAAUUCAAUUUUUCUCCUAAGAAGUGGUUUUCAGAUGAGUUUCUGCCUGUUGGACGUGUUGGACUUUGUGUUUCUUCUUAGACUGAGGUCAAUUAAACACUAACAGGAGUAAACUGUUAACUUGGUUUUAACGUUUUUAAAUGUGUAUGAAAGAUUAAAAAAACACACUAAUUAGAGUUGGUAAAGAUCUGCAAACUGCCAUAUGAAUGCUGUGAAGUCAGUAUUGUAUUUUAGUCGUAGAUCAUUUUACUUGAAGGUUUGUCAUCUGUAUUAAAAAGAGAAAAUGAAUUCUAUGACGAAACAUAAAGUAUUUCAUUAGUGAAACAUUUUCCUCCAUCUUAUCACCACUGUGCCUAAUAGUGUAAUUACUGGCUCUGCUAAGACAUGACGUCAUCAAAUUAAAGAUUUGUCCUUUUGUCAGCAUGAGGUUGAAAUAAUUUUCUAAUGAGGAAAUGGCAGCUUCAACCUUCAACAUAAUGUUCUCAGGUUUUCUGCAGGCUUGUUUAUCUGCUUCUUCCCCUUUUGGAGGCAAUUUUAAGCACUUMAGCCUUGUUACACGGUGGUACUGGAGCAGGUUGUUUGCUAUUUUCUAAAAAAAAAAACACAUUUUGGAAAAAGCAAUAAAAUGAUGAAUUAAAAAGUA